UAGCAGAGGACGACUCCCCUCUCUCCCCUCCGUGGUCUGUGGGAGAGGGUGGAGCUCCGUGGCUGCAUUUUGACAGCUGCGGAACAGAAAACUGCGCAGCCAGCGCGCACAGAGUCGGGUGAAAGCAUGCUGGAGUGGAUGGAUGGAGUGUGGUCCUUAAUAACCCGCGACCUAUCCUCGUAAAUCUGGCUCAGCUUGGACAGCACUUAAAUACGAUCUAAAGGAGGAUAAUUAGCUUUCAAUUGCACACUUUAUCCCGGGAUUUCGGGCGGGGAUGCAGCGCGCCUUCUCGUUCCCAGCAGCGGCGGCGGAGCGCAGCCGGAGCGCGGAGCGGCUGGAGGCGAGUCUGGCCGGGCUGUGUGAGCUGGAGCUCCGCCGGCACAGGCAGGAGCGCCUGGUGCUGGGGGCGCUGGCUCUGGGGGAGCCCGGGGCCCGAGAAGGCUCCAGCGGAGAGCUGGAGAGCCUGGGCAGCUGGGGGCAGCACAACUUAACGCUCAGGCGUCAGCUGAGUGCCCUUCAGAGUUCUCCAUGGGGGCUGAUGCAGGCGCUGGAGCAGCAGGUGGGAGAGCUGAGGAUUGACAUCCAUGAUGGCUGCUGCGAUGGAGCUCAAGGAGACGCUGGCGACAGUCAGCCCAGUUCUGGUUUUUAUGAAUCAAGCGAGGGUCAGUCACCAAAAAGAAAACCUUCCUCUGCCGAGCUCACAGAGAGCGUUUCCUCUUGGGCUUACACCAACGACAGGCCGAAGUCUAUAGGAGACCCUCUCAUCAUGAAUGGGGAAUUUGAAGUGCCAGUUCUGCGCCUGGGUCUCCCCCGGUCUUUCUCUGCCCCUCACCCGCCUCUAGAGGGCAUCGCUGAGGAGGGAUCAGCCGUGGAGUCCUGGGAAUGGGACCUCAUUGGAGCCAGCCACUCCUGGCAACAACAGUCUGCAGAGGAUCAGGUCACCGAGGAGGACUACCAGCAGGCUCUGAGGGUGGAGGGUUACAUCCUGGGUCUCAUCCAGCGCCACACCCUGUCACCCCGACCAUGUCAGCCUCGCACCACCCUGAGCCCUGACCCCCCGUACUGCGGCGCCUCUGGACACAGUUCUCAACACAGGAGAACCCCUUCUCUAACAGCGGAGCAGCGCCUUCCUGACCCCAAUCUUCAGCCCCACCUUGACCUAAUGGCAAGCUCCAAAGGUCAGGGUUUGGGUUGUGACCUUCUAGAGGGGGAGGUCUGUGGAGGGGAGGCUCCAUCUUUUGAGGAGAACUGCUAUUUGGCUCUCCCCUACCCCCAGUCCAGGCCAUCCUCCCUAACUGGGAGGCUACCAUCACCCCUUCCCUCUCAGGACCCAAACUGUGGCGUCGGGGCUCUUAACCUUUGCUGUGAACCCCCAUCCCCCCAGCAUUAUCUACAUCCACAACCCCCUAUUCAUCAAAUGCACAAUUUAGUAAGUGCUCAAUUUAUCCCUUCGCAAGCCUGUCAUGCUCCCGUGCGCUCCCCAAGACACUACAAACCAGAGCAGUCAAAGUCCAACAGGGCUGUGGCCUCUCCUGAACACCCCAACCACAAGUCCAAAGUAUCUAAAAAAGCUCACAAUGAUCGACAGAGAUCCAAGAAAGCAAGCAGUAAAACAAAUCGAUCCCAGUCUGAAAACAGCUUGCUGGGGCAGAGGGUGCUCCCUGAGAGGAGGUACAGCACCACGGAGAGGCGCCAAGACAGGGCCAAUCCUGUUCUGAACAAAAGCCAGGUGUCUGUACCGCAGGUGAGCCACGGCGGCAACAACGGGAGCCGGCGCUGGUGCUCCAACCUGGAGCUCAGCCAGGACGAGGGUGAGAACCAGACAUCGGCUCAGGGACAUCGACGACUGCCUCGAAAAGCUCGCCACGGCCACUCUUGUUCCCAUCCCCAACAGCAGCAGAGCCAGCGCUGGCAGCCGGACUCCCACGGAAGAGCGCCGCUCUGUCAGGGAGAGGAGGGCUACGCCGGUCACCACCCCGCAGAGUCUGAGUCAAGUAUGAGUGAGGUCUACUCCCCGGCCUCCAGCUCACUGUCCAGUGACUCAGAUGAGAGCGGGGGGCUGGUUUGGCCUCAGCAGCUGCCCCCUCGCCUUGCUUCUACCUCCUCAUCAUCCUCUCCUUCACCACAAGCCAAUGCCUCCUCUCACCCAAAAGCCUUUGUCAAGAUCAAAGCCUCUCACGCUCUCAAAAAGAAGAUUCUCAGAUUCCGCUCCGGGUCUCUCAAAGUCAUGACCACUGUAUGAGCAAAUAUUCUGAUCUGUUUUAAACCUGCACAGUUGCUCUGUGUGCUGUGGUGUAAUCUCGUUCUGAGAGAGAUCAGCGUCUUGGCUCUUAGUUUCGGUCAAAAACCAUGUGCCAAAUGCCAUAUCCUGUCUUUUUUUUCAACCUACCUCUGUCCACACUUUGUUCCUGAUGAGAUGCUUCUACUUUAAUGAGCACGAUUAAAUGUAGUUAGAGAUAGUCUGUCUAAAGUGUCUGGUUUAAUUUAUUUUUUAACAGACAACCAUCAGACACUAAACUGAUGUGCAUUUUCUCUCUCUGCUGCAUUAUAAUUGAUGCCAAGUUAUAAUGCACUGACAGUGACAGUGCAUUAUAACUGACAGCAUUGGCUUCCAGUGGUUGUUUAUGUGUGUUGCUCAUUAAGUUCAUAAAUCUGAGCAUCGUUGUCAAUGAAUCACUAGAAUAUAAAAAUGGCCACGUACAAGUAUCUUCCACUGAUAUAUCAACUGACUUUUGACUUUUUUUAAGUUGUGAGUGCUCUAGACAACUGAAAAACAACAAUCCUAAUCACAAUAUUUUGGUAAAUGCUAAUAUCACUAUUAUUUGAAAGGAUUAUGACAUUUGAAACAUCUUGUAUUUAACAAAUUUAAUAUAAAAAUGUUGACAUUUUCAUGAUAAACUUACAUUGUGGACAUGUAAAAAAAAUCAGACUAAACCGAACUCAGACGAGCAGAGAAAACGCUGGUAGAUCUGAGAUCUGUUCAAAUAAACCUUUAAAUGCUUUGGUCAGAAACACCAGUUUGACAUCAGUAUUGGUUCAGAAUCAUUUACAGUCAAAUUAGUCUAUACAUGUCAUUUAGAUUACCGGAUAAAUUAUGCUGCAAAAAAAUGUUUUUCUUCUUGAUUGCAUAACUUUGGUGAUCACUUGGAGCCAACAUUGAAAUAACAGUUAAAAUUUGAUGCAUUACACCGUUAUAGGAAUACGUAUUUGCAUACUAAUCAUAAAGAGCUGCGUGUAAAUGUUCUUGACAUAUUCAUUUAUUCUUUGAAAAUUAAUUCCUGAAAUGUCACAUUUUGCAUGAUUAGCUGGUUUGUGCUGUGCUGACUCAAAAUCUUGCCACUUAAUUGAAGUGAAGUGAACAGAUUGUCUGGAUGAAAAAUGUGCAGUUCUUUUCAGGAAACUCACCGGAGUUCAUUUGAAACGAUUUGAGUUAUCUGACAUAGAAAUUUCAUAUUAAUGUUAUAACUAAAACAAGCAAAAAAUGUGGGUUGCACUUAGCCAACAUCUUCUGGAAACAGUUGUCAUUUGUGCAGCAGAGAACAAAGGUGUUUGCGUUGUUGGUUUUCAUGCAGACUCAAAAUUCACAGGCUGAUUGUGAUUUUCUGAACAUGGAAUGAAUGUAUGUCCUUUUACUUUUAGCAGUCCAGGCAUCAGCUCUGCUUCUCGAUGGAUUCACACUGAUGUUACCUGUCGACCAUCACUCCCCAGCAGGCAGCAGUUAAUGGGACCAGUAGCAUCCAUGAUCAGAUAUGCAUUCAGCAUAGUUCACGCUCACAGACAGUGUACAUUCAUGCAUGUGUGUUUAGAAUGUUGCAGUGCACAGGAUCUUUAAAAAACACACACAUUGUACAUAGAUGUUUUUGUGCAUAUGCCAUUAUGUGGCCUUGUUUGGAAUGAAUGUAGUUUGUAAAUAAAAAAAAGAAAGAAAGAAAGUUUUUUAUUUGUUUUGCUUUGCAUAAAGAAAUGAAGUAGCUAAUUAGAAAUCGACUACAGCUGUGCUAAAUUGAUUGUCUUGGGAUUCUUUCAUGAAACAUUGGCUCACAUCUCCCCCUACAGCAGUGCAGAAACCACACACCACCACACUCAUAGAGCCAGUUUGAACAUUCUUAUACUGGAUUCUUAUCCAGUAUAAAGGUUGCAGGAUUUUUCACAGAACCAGAAACAACAAUAUAUAUUAUUGGUAUUGUAAAUGUCACCUUUGUAAAAACCUGUAGGAAUGUAUAAUUAAACUGGUCUAUGAAUAUGAACAUUUAUUUCUUGGAAACAUGUCAAAUAUUAUGCAUUGGCUGCAACUAUGAAAUCCACACCAAUCAAACAUGUUAUGUUUAAGCUACUCUAUGUAUCAAUGCUACUUGUAACCACAUAGGGGCAUUAAGAUCAUUUGUGUUGAAAAAAAAAAGACUGAUAAUACUGUGCAAAUGAUCUGAUGCAUCUUGUUGCUUUGUCCCACAAGAGCAGGUGUGUCCAAAGUCAGGCCUCGAGGGCCGCAGCCCUGCAGGUUUUAGAUGUUUCCCUCCUUCAAUACACCUGAUUGUGAUUAAAGGUUGUCAUCAGCUCAUCAUCAAGGUCUGCACAAGUCUGAUAAUGACACAGUCAUGGUGUGUUGAAGGAGGGAAACGUCUAAAACCUGCGAGACUGCAGCCCUCAAAGGACCGACUUUGGACACCCCUGCACUAGAGGUACACUUCAGUAUGACUUACUAGACUGUAGAAAUAAAUGUACAAACCUUUUUUGACAUCACCCCCUGGUUUUGAUAUUAUUUUCCCUUGUACUGU